AUGGUCAAACAUCAUCUUAUGAUUGGCACUUGGACGCCGCCGGGUGUGAUAAUCACGGUCGCGUUCGACGAUGAAACACUCAAGUUGGAGCUGGUGAAGAAGACGGAGAUUCCAGAAGAUGAGCCUAUAAGUUGGAUGGCUUUUGACCACAAGAGGAAGAACAUCUAUGGUGCUUCGAUGAAGAAAUGGAGCUCGCACGAAGUAAAGAGCCCAAGCGAGAUUGUGCAUACAGGAAGCUUUCCCAUGGGCGGACAUCCCAAAGCAAAUGAUGCCGACACAAAGACACGCGCCAUCUUCCUCCUUCCCGCUCAGAAGCCUCCGUACGCCGUAUACUGCAAUCCGUUCUAUGACUAUGCCGGCUACGGCAACAUCUUCUCGGUCAACUCCUCUGGACAUAUCAAAGAAAACAUCCAGAACUUUGAGUACUGCGACAGGACUGCCAUCCAUGGCAUGGUCUUUGAUCCAUCUGAGACCUAUCUCUACAGCGCGGACAUGUGGGCAAACCGAGUGUGGUGUCAUAAGAAGAUAGAUGAUGAAGGUAGGCUAGAAACAGUAGGCUUCACCGAGGCUCCCGCACCGAAAGACCAUCCGAGAUGGGUAGAGAUGCAUCCAUCAGGCAACUACCUAUAUGCCUUGAUGGAGGCUGGGAACCGGCUGUGCGAGUAUGUGAUUGAUCCACAAACCAAACUGCCUGUCUACACACACAAGACGUACCCAUUGAUCCCACCCGGUAUCCCCAAUGCAAACACCAUGUACCGCUCCGAUGUUUGCUUCCUUACCAAAUCCUCAAACUACCUUUUCGCGACCUCUCGAUCCAACUCCUUCUCCCUCACCGGUUACAUUGCUGCAUUCAAGAUCGCCCCAUCAGGAGCCAUUGAGCGACAAAUCUGCCUCAACCCUACGCCGACCUCUGGUGGCCACUCGAACGCUGUAUCGCCAUGCCCAUGGUCAGAUGAGUGGUUAGCGCUUACGGACGAUGAGAAGGGCGGCGUGGAGAUAUACAGGUGGCACGAUGAGUUUCUGGCACGAGUCGCGAGAUUGGAGAUUGGCGAGAAAGGCUUUGGUAUGAACGCUAUUUGGUAUGACUAG